UUCUUUAACCAACCAAUCAAACAGCACCGCAUCAUCAUUCAGCGAGCCCAUUUUACUAUUCGGGGAAGUUACAGCAGGAGCGACGCGGUGUGGCGUUACACAUGCACAUGUGCAUCUGGAUGGAUGGAUGGAUGGAUGCGGGGAGGUGCUAGGUGAGCUGAGCUGUGGGAACCUUCCUUGGAUAAAUACUUCGUUUUGAAUCCUUGCGUUGCUUUUUUUCUCUUUUUAAGUUUGUUCAUUUUGUUUUGACCUCGUUCUAAUUGUAGGUAAUUGUAAUUGAUGUUCUUCUCAUAGAUAAAUACACUUACUUAAACUUGUCUGGCACUAAUUAUUUGUCAACAGAAGCUCUACAGGAGAGAGAGAGAGAGAGAGAGAGAGAGAGAAAGAAAGAAAGAAAGGGAAAAAGCAAAGCACAAUCCCAAAAUGUCUUCUUCGAAUCUUUCGCAAAAGAAAUUAAUCAAUACGUUGUCCCUGGGCGAGAAAUUGGAUGUUAUUCUCGUGUGUACGAGUGUCUGUAGGCAAACCCCGUUAUCUUUAUCUUUUAUGACUUCCAUCUCCCUCCCUUCUUAACGUUCCAAAACUACCGAUUGUUUUGGCUUGGAUGAUAAAUCGGGCUAAUUAGAGAAACGAAAAACUUUAGUAGGAAAUACGCUUCUAAGUCUUCUGACGGGUGUAUGGCGCACGAGAAAUGAGGGAAAGGGAAGUUAUAAGAGAUUUGUUCUCCAUACGGCCGUGAGGACUAUGUGUAGGAGGAUGAGUGCGAGACAGAUUUUGUGAGUUGUUUUAUUUGAUUUUUGCUUUGGUUGAGGUUUGAGGGUAAAGAAUUUCAUGUCUGGUUGAUCAAUUAUCUUUCAUUAAGAUUGUUUUUGAUAUUGAGGUUCCAGAAGAACGACAGGGCUAGGAAAUUAUAAUCACAUGCUAAUAAGAAACAGAUACAUGAAUCCAAACACAGAUCAUGCAUAUGAAAGUGUUUGCAAGCAGCGGGGUGUAAAACCUAUGAGUGAGACUUUAGAAGAUGGAACACAGGCUCACUGGAUAGGCAAAAAGGAUGCAAAGAAAAUACUUCUUAACUUUCAUGGUUUGUCCAGAGUUCUUUCGCGAUGUCAGAUAGAAAACUCGAAACUGAUUUUUGGCUAUUAGGAGGUGGAUAUGUACUUCCUGCAAGUCCCGAGAUGUUCGAGUAUAUCUUUAAGCUUGUGGAUGGUGCAGAGAAAGAAGGGAAGAGUUUGGGGGCCUUGUUUCUGUCUUAUGGUAUGUUAUUCUCCUUUCUUCCCAGGUAUCGGUUAGUAUGUGCGUAUUAAUACUGAGAACGCAUAUAGAUCUUGCCCCAAGCGCGACCUAUCCUCGACAAUUGCAACAAGCUGCCGCCUUGUUGAAUCAUGUCAUUCAUACUUUGAAGUAAGUAACUCUGCACUUUUUCAAAUGAUUUCAUUAUCAUAACUCCGAAAGCUGACCAUAUACCUCCAAAUUCAUAGCUAUCCCCCUUCCUCCAUAAUUCUGGCCGGUGAUUCUGCAGGGGCGAAUCUUGUCCUUGCCCUCCUGUCUCACAUUAUGCAUGGUCAUCCUAACGAAAGCAUACCUCGAGUCCGUCUCGCGGAACCACUCGAUGGAGCUGUACUCCUAGCACCAUGGGUUACAUUUGCCACGAGCUCUAAAUCAUACGAGGCGAAUAAAUAUAAAGAUCUGCUUCAUCCAUCUGCUCUCAAAAAUGUAAGUCCCUUUUCAACGCUUCCACCCCUUUACACCCAUUACAUUUACCAUCAAGCACUUCUCACUUAAUCCAAAAUAUCCUAUCGAAUCUAACACAACCCCUUAAAUGUCAGUGGUCAAGCGCAUAUCAAUCCACCAUCCCAUCAGAUAACUACAUAGAACCACUAUACGCAUCUACAUCAUGGUGGACACAUCUCCCCACAGCUGUUUCCUCGAUGCUAAUCAUAGCUGGCGAAAACGAAGUCUUCAUAGACGAUGUUAAAGCUUUCGCGAAGAAGCUACAGGAAAUAGAAACAGAGACGUGGGGUAGAGAAUUGAAAUUUGUAGUGGUGGAGAAUGAGUAUCAUGAUCAGCCAAAUUUUGGGUUUGGUGAGGAUACUUUGGGUAAGGAGAGGAGUCAGGGAUGGGAAAUUGGAAGGUGGGUUUGGGGGAGAUGUUAGAUUUUGGAUGUUGGAUGGGAAUGAUGGGUUUUAGAGUGGGGGUUUUAUAAGGAAUUGGAAUUGGAAAUUGGGGAUAUUGAUGUGGUUUCGGGGUUUCUUUGUCUUUGGUUUUUUUUUAUGUUAUAGUAUUAUAUAAAUAAGAAUUAUCAAAUUGUUAUUUAUUAAUUUAUAUUUUUUAAAUAUAAU